AUGGCAUCCAAUGAAGCAAGACUUUAAUCAUUACAAAAUUGGAAAGCCUCCUUAGAAUUAAAGAAAAUACUUAAUAAUUAAGGGUAUUCAUAAUAUAAAAUGAUCUAUUUAGAAUUGAUCAUCAAAAUUAAGAUUAUUUGGCUUAAUUAACAUAUAAGAUUGCAGAAAGAGCUUUUGGAAGUUAAAGCAAAAAUAAUUUAGAAAGCAAAGUUUGUGAAAUGGUAGAAUAACAAACUUGUGCAAUUUGUUUUGAAUUGAUGGUACCUCCUUAAUAUUCACCCAUAUUAUUGUUUCCAUGUGGACAUUCAUUUUGUAAAUCUUGUGUUUUAGAUGGUACAAAAUUAAGAAUUCAAAAAUGCAGUCUUUGCAGAUCAAAAAUAAGUGCACAUGCAAUUAACUUAAGUUUAUAAAAUUUAAUAUGCACCUUUGCUGAAUAGAAAUAAUAAAUACCAAAAUAAACAUAAUAAAUGGCAGUUUAAGAAAAUAUUACCUUACCUAAAGAAAAUGCAUUCACUAAUCAAUAUAAAAUGUAUAAACUUAGAUGUGAUAUCCUUGAAUAAGAAAAAUAAUAGUUAAAUACUUAAAUUAAAGAAUUGAAAAAUGAAUUAGUAGAACUUGAAAGAAAAGUAGGAUCACUUUAAUCAGAGAGAGAAAAGAUAAUCUCUAAAUAAGCUAUGCUUUAAAAUAAUGUAUUUUCAAUAUUAAUUAUAUUUUAGUUAGAUGAAGUUAAUUAAGGACUUUAGACUAUUGUAGACAGAAGUAAGGCCAUAACUGUAAAAAUAUAUAACAUAUAAGAAUAAAUGAAAAUUUUAGAUGAAACUAUGAAACCUCUUUAAUAGGAAAUGAAUAAAUAUGAAGUUUUGGCUAAAUCUACUUGA